AUGUCCAUAUCUGCUACUGCAUUUCGUUGGCUUGAUAUACUUGAAGCAGAAUUUGAUAAAACAUUUGUUGAUCUCGAUUUAUUAUUGGGUGAAAUUGAUGAAGAUCAAGUAGAAAUUACAGGUGAUGGACGAGCAAAACUAGGUAUACUUAGUUCAUGUUUUGCUCAACUUGUUCAUAAAACUCAAACAAUUUCACAAGCUAAUGCUAAAUUAGAAGCACAAUUACUUGAUGCACAAGCAGAAAUAAUUAAUAUUAAAGCGGAUCGACAAGCAUUAGAACAACAAAGUAAUGAUACAUUAGCUUUAUUACAUACAUCACAAUUAGAAUGUCAAAUAUUAAAAACUAACAGUGAAAUUGAAGGUGCAGAUGUGAUACGUAAACGAUUGGAAGAACAAGUUAUGAAACAACGUGAAGAAUAUAAACAAAGUUUAAUAUCAGAUGUAAAAGCACAUGAACUUGAAAAAGAAAAAGAAAAACUUCAAGCACAAAUUAUUAAUUUACAAUCAGAAGUCUAUGGAUCACGCUUAGCAGCUAAAUAUCUCGAUAAAGAAUUAGCUGGAAGAAUUCAACAAAUUCAAUUACUUGGUCGUGAUUUACGUGGACCAAAUCAUGAAAAUGUCUGGAAUCAACUUGAAGCUGAAAUUCAUUUACAUCGUCAUAAAACAGUUAUUCGUGCAUGUCGUGGUCGUGAAAAAGUGAAUAAAAUUUUAACAAUGCCACCCGGACAUGAUGUAAAAAAACGUCAAGGUGUAGGUGAAUUACGUACAAUUAAAUUUCAUAAGGAUGCUAAAGAAGCAUUAGGUAUAUCGAUAACGGGUGGAAAAGAACAUGGUUUACCUAUUCUUAUAUCAGAAAUUCAUGAAAAUGGAUUAGCAUGGCGGUGUGGACAACUUUAUGUUGGAGAUUCAAUAUUAAGUGUUAAUAAAUAUGAUUUACGAGAUAAAAAACAUGCGGAAGCUGUUCAAGUUCUGUCAUCUAUCAAAGGUGAUAUUACAAUGACAGUUAUUUUUGUUGCACCGGAUGAUAGUGAUAAUGAAGAGUUAUCAAAUUGUGAAGAAGAAAAUCAUUUAAAAUAUAAAUUUGUUACUGAUGAAGUUGACUUUAAGUCAAAAGAAAAAGAUAUGAAUUCAAUUAAAGAUUUAACUAUAUCAAAUGGUAAUAAAGGAAAAUCUGUAUUGGAAAAAAUAGAUGGAACAAAUUAUUAA